UAAUCGACUAUAAGAAAAAUAUAUUUAUUUAGAUUGAACGUUCUUAUCAAUCGGGUGUGAAUACUUUUGGCUAAAGAUAUUUUUGAUUUAAUUAUAGAACUGAUACUGGAUAUAUAAAUAAUGGCUGCACAAUUUUUCAAUCGUAUCGGCCAACUGGGUCUUGGAGUUGCUGUCUUGGGUGGCGUUGUUAAUUCGGCGUUAUAUAAUGUAGAUGGUGGACACCGGGCUGUAAUAUUUGAUCGUUUUACCGGCGUCCAACAAGAAGUAGUUGGCGAGGGUACGCAUUUUUUCAUUCCAUGGGUUCAAAGGCCUAUUAUAUACGACAUCCGCUCGCAACCCAGGAAUGUGCCUGUUAUAACUGGCAGUAAGGAUUUGCAAAAUGUAAACAUUACAUUGCGUAUUCUUUAUCGCCCCAUACCCGACCAAUUGCCAAAAAUUUAUACCAUCUUGGGACAGGAUUACGAUGAGAGGGUUCUUCCAUCAAUUGCGCCUGAAGUACUCAAAGCUGUGGUUGCACAGUUUGACGCCGGGGAAUUAAUUACUCAACGUGAGAUGGUAUCCCAACGUGUAUCAGAGGAGCUUACCGAACGAGCCAAGCAAUUUGGUUUUAUUCUUGAUGAUAUAUCUCUUACACAUUUGACCUUUGGACGUGAAUUCACCCAGGCGGUAGAAAUGAAACAGGUUGCACAGCAGGAGGCUGAAAAAGCACGUUUCGUAGUAGAGAAGGCUGAACAGCAGAAAUUGGCAUCUAUUAUUUCCGCAGAGGGUGAUGCCUCAGCUGCAGGUCUUUUAGCUAAAGCAUUCGGCGAAGCCGGAGACGGUUUAGUGGAAUUGCGUCGCAUCGAAGCGGCUGAGGAUAUUGCAUACCAACUUUCAAGAUCACGGGGUGUUGCAUACUUGCCAGGUGGGCAGAAUACCCUUCUCAAUUUACCUGCGUCUUUGGCGCAGUAAACGACACUUAAAAACUUAUUGAAAAUAAUUAGCAUUUAAUAUACUAUAUAUGGUUACUUGUUUUUCUUUUGUACAUUAUCUAAAAGCUAAAGCUGUGUGACUGCUUCUAUUAGAUAAUAAUAAUAAGCUAAAGUGAUUUCCAAGUUUUGUUGUAUGGAAAUUCUAUAAUUUAAUUGUUUCUUCAUCUAUUUAGCUAAAAGAUGUGAAAAAUCGGGUAUGUAUAAAACUACUUUUUCCACGAUUA